AUGGAGGAAGAAAAGCAGAUUGAAGCUGGAGAAACUUCAACAUCAUCCAUCAAAGUUAUAACUUUGGAGCCAAAGUUGAUUAUAAACAAAGGAAUAUUGAUCACUGGAUUCGUUCUGCGUUUAUUUGCUGUUUUUGGAACUAUAGGAAGCGCUCUCGCCAUGGGAACAACAGAAGAAUCCGUUGUCUCUUUGACUCAGCUUAUACUCCUCAAAGCUAAAUACAGUGACUUGCCAACGCUCAUGUUUUUUGUAGUUGCAAACGCAAUUGCUGGUGGAUAUUUGGUUCUUUCUCUACCUGUGAGUAUCUUUCAUAUCAUCAGUACAAAAACAAAAACUUCCAGAAUCAUCUUGCACAUCAUUGAUACGGUGAUGUUGGCGCUGGUGAGCUGUGGAGCAUCAGCAGCAACAGCGACCGUGUAUUUAGCUCACGAAGGGAACACAACCGCUAAUUGGGCACCCAUCUGCCAGCAAUUCGACGGUUUCUGCAAACGCAUCUCCGGAUCUCUCGUUGGUUCUUUCUGCGCAAUGAUCUUCCUCAUCUUUAUUCUUAUCAAUUCUGCUAUCUCCCUCUCACGCCACUAA